AUGGCGGCGACAACCGGCUCUACAAAUUCCACAUCGAUUGUGAAUAGAGAACAACAUACAUUUGUAAACCCAACAAAAGUUAUCACAGAACAAAGCGACAUUAAGACAUGGCUCGAAUCAGAAGCAUAUUCUCUAUUAUUGGUAUUCAUUACAAGUCUAAAUGAGUCAGUGGUGAAUAAAAAGAUAUCUGAUUCUGUUAAGGUCUCGGAGGUGACUGCAUCAAAAAUUAUCGCUGCGCUCGAAGGCAUGAGUCGUUGGGUGGACGAAAUACCUCCUCUAAAAACUCCACAACGUUUCGGUAACAAAGCCUUUCGUGACUGGAUAUCACGUCUAGAACAGAACGCGGUAUCGAUCCACAACGACAUCUUACCAAAGGAAUGGCACAGAGCAAAUAUUGAAUUAGUGCCCUGUUUCAUUGCAAGUUUUGGGAAUAGUACGCGCAUAGAUUAUGGAAGUGGGCAUGAAUUAAGUUUUGUUGCGUGGUUGUGCUGUCUAAAUCUUUUAGGGAUUUUCAGUCAAGAAGAUCAUUCGGCCUUGGUAUUGAGGGUGUUUGUAAAAUAUUUAGAGUUAAUUCGACGUCUACAACGCGUCUAUAUGUUGGAGCCAGCAGGAAGUCAUGGUGUAUGGGGUCUGGACGAUCAUCAAUUCUUGCCAUAUUAUUGGGGUAGCGCUCAACUUAGAGACCAUCGUCGCAUCAAGCCAAAAUCUGUACUUUCCGACGAUAUACUAGAAGCUUACGGAAGUGAAUAUAUGUAUUUAGCAUGUAUUAAAUAUAUUAAGGAGGUCAAAAAAGGUCCAUUUCAUGAACAUUCACCACUUCUUCAUGAUAUCUCUGGCGUACCGCUGUGGAAAAAAGUAAACUCCGGCCUAUUAAAAAUGUACAUAGAUGAGGCUUUGAAAAAAGUUCCAGUCGUGCAACAUUUUCUAUUUGGUAGUUUAUUGCCGUAUAUGCCAGCACAAACACCAUUUGUAAUUACUACCCCUGCGGAUGACACUGCAAAUACUAAUCCAGCAUCCAAUACUUCUUUUACAACGACGAGGGCUACUACAAAGACGACAGCAGCAUCACGAGGUCAAAAUUUGUCUGCAGCGGCGAUGCGAUUAAAGGCUGGGAUGCCGAGAGGCGGAAAUAGUGGAUUAUGA